AUGACAGCUAUUAGGAUGUUCGCACAACUGUACGCAUGUUUUCUUCUUGGAGAGAUGGGUAUGUUUAAUUUACUUUUAUUAUGAUGGCAUGUUCAAUAGAACCUUUUUUUUUUUACUCAGCCACAUUUCGCCAUAGCUUUCAUCAGGGAGUACAAUGAUACAAUUUAUUUUGAUUGAAACUCACAGACACUUUGAGGCAUUCCUGUCUUGUAUUUUAAUAUAUAUAUAUAUAUAACAGUUAAUAUAUUUGUGUAAGAUAUUGUAUUUUCUUUAGUUGUAGUUCAUGUACGAGCUGGGACUGAGCCCUCAGCCAUACAACAGGAGAGUGGUCUCAUGUCAGCCAACGUUGGGGACACAGUGACUUUGCAGUGCUUCUAUGAAGGCGACAUGGCCAUGCAUUUCUCCUGGUACAAGCAACCCUUGGGAGAAAAACCUCAGGUCAUCUCAACAGUCUAUAAGUAUGACAAGGCUCCUACAUAUUACCAUGAGUUCAAGGGUAAUCCUCGAUUUUCAGUGCAAAGCAGCCAAGGAAUAAAUCACCUCAGUAUCUCAGACAUGAAAAGCUCGGAUUCAGCCACGUACUACUGUGGGAGCGCACACUCAAAUGUGAUAGAAUUUGGAAAAGGAACCAUCCUCAAUAUAAAAGGUACAGUGCUGAGGAAAUUAUUUCAAUAUUCCUUAAAUAUUUCAGGAAAAAUCUGAAUUUGUAGAUAAAGAGUAGUGAUGAGUUAGCCUAAGAAUUUUUUUUUUUACCUUUUGGAAAAGUGUCUUACAGUAAAUAUCGGGUGUUCUCAAAUUUAGAUGAUUCUCUAAACGAGUAAGAACACUUGCUACGGGGAAGUUGUAGAUAGUUAACACAGAUUUGCUGACAUAUUUAAACCCUCUUUUCAGAUUCAGGCUGCAACAGCAAGACAGUUGUAGAGCAGCCUGUGUCUGAGUCAGUCCAGACAGGAGACUCUGUUACUCUGAACUGUACAAUACACACUGAGACCUGUGCAGGAGAACACAGUGUCUAUUGGUUCAGACAUGGCUCAGGAGAAUCCCAUCCUGGAAUCAUUUACACCCAUGUAGACAGGAGUGAUCAGCGUGAGAAGAGCCCUGAGGCUGGGUCUCCUACACAGAGCUGUGUCUACAACCUCCCCAAGAGGAACCUCAGCCUCUCUGAUGCUGGGACUUACUACUGUGCUGUGGCCUCAUGUGGGGAGAUACUGUUUGGGAAAGGGACCAAGCUGGAUGUUGAAGGUAAACCUCUUAUGCUCCUUUGUUAAAAUUACAUAUACAUUACAUUUACAAUAGUCACACAGAUAGUUAUUGUAAAAGACAAUGUGCUCUCAAUGACUUACCUGAUCAAAUAAAGGCAAAAUAAAAUACAUUUUAUUACACUGUAAUAACUCCUGCUGUAUAAUUGAAAACAUGACAUUCUUUCAGGUGGUGAUGUUCAAGUGGUGACUGAAGUGGAUAUGAGGAUCCUUGUCCUCUUCUCCAUCAUAAGAACUGGAUUUCUCCUCUGCUGUCUGAUCAUCUUCUUCAUCAUCAACCUCGUCAGGAAAUAG